AUGCCUUCGACCGAGAGAGGCAAUAUCGAACCAAGCCGAGGAUCGGCACCUGGCCUGCCCGUGAGGUAUCGAUGCAAGGUUGGAGGAGAAUGGAAGUCACUACAGUUCUUCUCCAAGAACCAGCAGAGCCUUUUACAACGACAGACGUCAGUGCGCGGCUGUAUCGACGCGGCGAACUCGGGCAUGACCUGCAUAGAGCAUUCUGCCAACUGUCGCCGAGAAAUCCGCUGCGAGCUUUGCGGGCUGGUUAAAUCCAUUGACCAGUUUAGCAAGUCGAUGAGAAGGAGCGACGACCCGACUUGUUUGCAAUGCACUGCUUGGGGGGAGGUCCAAGAACCAGGCGUAACCCCUGCGCCGUUGCAGACAGGCCAUAGAUUAGUCGAGGAAGAAAAUCGAGACAUUCGGGGCAAAAGAUUUGUCGAGAGCACAGACUUUGUUCCCAGUGCGAUGCCGCAGCCUCCCACCACGGCCAUGUCAUCUUUGGGGAUUGGAGGCGGCUCAACAGGCGGCCACAGCCAUGCUCGCCUUGGUGGUCCCUCGUCUUCUCGCGGCCCGUCAUCGGUGGUCUCGGCCCCGGUGUCAGUAGCCUCGUCCGGUCCAACGCCUCCUCACUUGGAGUCGAUUGUCAGCAAGCUGAUGCAACGUGAUGGCUUGGUCAAAUCAUCCAGCGCUGACGAUGGCAGCGAGAGCGCCGCCUCCUCUGCCGAACCCGUCACCGUGCAGGGCUGGCUGGCAGGAAACCAAGCUCCGCCAGUUGACAGAUCCGCCAGUGGCAGGGGCUCAGAGGACGACGGCAGCGAUGCCGGCCGAGCGACGCUGUCGAAUUUAAACAGCUGCCUGCCGCCACACAUCCGAGCCAAAAUGUCCAGCACGGCAUCUCGGGCUGCCCUGUUCCAGCCCGCGGUCCCCGGAUCAAGCUCCCGGGGCUCGGAGGCCGGGAGCAUCUCCACGGCUACAACCAUGCGGCGCGAACAGGACAACGUACGGCGCACCCCAUACAACGCUUGGGACAAUGCCGGCAAGCUUCAUAAAGCUAUUAAGUCCCCGACCGUCUCGGAUGGCGAUGCGGCGUCAACCACGAGCAACGUUCUGGCCCGGCACGUAGGUACAUCAGGGCACGGGGGAAGUCGUGUGCCCACUACGAAGCAGGACGCGCCCAAAUCAAAGAAUGCUUGGUUCAAGGCCCCAAUGCAUCGACCAGAUCCGCAGGCUGCCGCAGACCGCAUGUCCGCCGGGCCCGUUGACCCCGAUAUUGAUCGUCAAAGACUUAUGAACUACUGUGAUUCAGAAGGUUCUAGACGGUGA